ACUGUCAUGAAAAACAAAACAAAAAAAUUUCUGAAUGUAUUUGCUCUUUUCCUUUUGUUCAGUAGUUUGUUUCAUGAAUACGUUUUCUCUUUCAGGCUUAGUAAACGAUUAGGGGUUCUUUUCAGUCCUCUUAUCUGAUGUUUAUCACUUUGGGGGGUGGAUGGUCAAUGUUAGCUUCUUGCUUUGGAUGGCAGGUCCUCUAAUAGUGCUAAUUAUUAUUGCUUAAACCUUAGACUUUAAGAGGAAACUGGCAGGGGGCCCUGGGUCUGUGGAGAGGGGUUUAAAAUGGUUUUCCCCACUAGUGCCUGGGAGCUUGUUACCUUAAGACUUGGAGGACCACAUAGCAGGCACCUUAUAUCUGGGCUGUUCAUGCAUCUCCAGGGUCUCCCUUUGCUUGGAAGCUGUUUUACUUGUUUCUGAGGUGGCUGUGGAGACUGCUGAGGGCCUGGUGGGGCCUGGAGCCCCUCUCCUGUGUUCUCCAAGCUAUCUAGUCCUCUGUCAGAAGUUGAAGUCUUUCACUGUGCUCUGUAUUCUUGUGAGCUGAUUGUACUCUAGUGAGUAUUGUAAUGGGGUAAGUGGAGAUUGUUUACAAGGCCACUCAUCUUGAGCAGGAUUUCAAAGCCUGUUGUCUUUGGACAAUUUGUCUCCUUCCAUUUUUUGAUCUUUGUGAUGGAUGUGUGCCAGAACAUGGUCUCUGGUUGCCUCCAGUUGAUUGGAUGGUUCUUUGGUAGGGCACCAGGAUGCAGGAGACUGGUCCAAUACAGAGAUUAGGCACUUUAUCUGACUGUUGUUGCUGGGCUAGUGCAAGUAGCUAGCAUAUCAUGGUUCACUGACCCAGAGGUGCGCAGUGCAGUGUUUGCUGAGCCCAUAACACAGGGAUAGCAAGGCGAUGCCUUGGGCUGGCACACUUGCCAGGGCCUUGCAGCAGAGUCCACAGCAAUCCACACACUGAUGAGCAUUCUGAGGUCCACCUGCAGAAUUAGUCUGUGAUUAAGAAUUUCAGAGACACUGAGUGAGCUUCCUCUUCCCUUCAUUUCCUCUCUUGGCAUUAAUACCUAACAGCAAGGUUACCUAGAUUAUAUAGACCAUACUCAAGUUUCAGUGUCCCACUGACAUCUUUUGUUUGUUUUGUUUCAGGAUCUAAUUCAGGACUCCAUACUCUAGUUGUCAUAUCUCCUCCAGUCUGCUAUUUUUGUUAUCCCAAAGUAUCCAGUGUUUAUAAGUCUUGGCAGAAAAAACGUGUAAUCUCUGGAAAAAGCCCAGCAGAUACUGUAGUGUUUGUUGGAUUGAGGCUAUGUGGUCAAUAGAGACACUGACAUAAAAUACCCAAGUGAUAGAAUAUCAGUUUUCUGCUAGAAAUGCAGUGCAUUCACGAGAACACGUCAGAUGUAGGUGGGGAGGGGUGUUGACUAGAAUCCUGACCAGUGCUGCUCAAGGUGAGGGGCUCAGAACCUCCAUGUGGUCAGAGCAUCGGAGGGAAACGGAGGGUCCAAGCACAGGUUCUAGAUGAAUUCACAGCAGUGGUUUUACUAAUGCCACCCCAUGCAGCUUAGCCUGCUUCCUCAGAAUCGGGUGUAUGGUUGAAUGAAUUCCAUGAUGCAAGGCUGACUGUAAAGCCCCAUAUUACUUUAAGGGCCAUUUCAGUUAUUUAAAUCCAGAAAAACAUUUUCCCUGGGAGGGGCGAGACUAGACAGUUGGAUGCAAUGAGGGCCCCACCCAACAAGAAUGUGACACUGAAGUUAGGGCUGUGGUGACCGUUGUUAAGGUUUCUCUUCAUAAAAGCCCUCCCAGGGAACCGGUCGGUGGAAGUGCUUCUCACCAUCCUGCACUGUUGGCUGGAAGGAGGAGAGGCUGAGGAGCCUGGAGAGCAGGUGACAGAAACCCCAUACCCUGUGACUUCUGGACUCUUGCUUAGCAGUGUGCCCCUUUCUCGUGCUCUGGAUGAUGUCAGAGCAGGACCUGGCGGAUGUGGUUCAGAUUGCAGUGGAAGACCUGAGUCCUGAUCACCCAGUUGUUUUGGAGAAUCAUGUCGUGACAGAUGAUGAUGAACCUGCCUUGAAGCGCCAGCGACUGGAGAUCAAUUGCCAGGAUCCCUCUAUAAAGUCUUUCCUGUACUCUAUUAACCAGACGAUAUGUUUGCGGUUGGAUAGCAUUGAGGCCAAGCUGCAAGCUCUCGAGGCUACUUGCAAAUCUCUGGAAGAGAAGCUAGACCUGGUCACCAAUAAACAACACAGUCCCAUCCAGGUCCCCAUGGUGGCAGGUUCCCCACUGGGUGCCACCCAGACCUGCAACAAAGUGCGAUGCGUCGUCCCCCAGACUACAGUAAUACUCAACAAUGAUCGGCAGAACGCCAUUGUAGCCAAGAUGGAAGACCCAUUGAGCAACAGGGCACCGGAUUCCCUGGAAAAUAUCAUUAGCAACGCUGUUCCUGGGCGUCGGCAGAACACCAUCGUGGUGAAAGUGCCUGGUCAGGAUGAUAGCCACAACGAAGAUGGGGAGAGCGGGUCAGAGGCCAGUGACUCCGUGUCUAACUGCGGCCAGCCAGGAAGCCAGAACAUUGGAAGCAACGUCACACUCAUCACCCUGAACUCUGAAGAGGACUAUCCCAAUGGCACUUGGCUGGGCGAUGAGAAUAACCCUGAGAUGCGGGUACGCUGUGCCAUCAUCCCUUCCGACAUGCUGCACAUCAGCACGAACUGUCGCACAGCAGAGAAGAUGGCACUGACACUGCUGGACUACCUGUUCCACCGUGAGGUGCAGGCCGUGUCCAACUUGUCGGGCCAGGGCAAGCACGGGAAGAAGCAGCUGGACCCCCUCACUAUCUAUGGUAUCCGGUGUCACCUCUUCUAUAAAUUUGGGAUCACGGAAUCUGACUGGUAUCGGAUCAAGCAGAGCAUUGACUCCAAGUGCCGUACAGCCUGGCGGCGGAAGCAGCGAGGCCAGAGCCUGGCGGUCAAGAGCUUCUCUCGGAGGACGCCGUCGUCAUCCUCAUACAGUGCCUCAGAGACCGUAAUGGGAACCCCUCCUCCCACCAGUGAGCUACAGCAGUCACAGCCACAGGCCCUACACUACGCAUUGGCCAACGCCCAGCAGGUCCAGAUCCACCAGAUUGGCGAGGAUGGACAGGUGCAAGUAAUCCCACAGGGCCACCUCCACAUUGCCCAGGUGCCUCAAGGGGAGCAGGUGCAGAUCACACAGGACAGCGAGGGCAAUCUGCAGAUCCAUCACGUGGGUCAGGAUGGCCAGUCGUGGGGCCUGUGCCAGAAUCCCAUUCCUGUCAGCGGUGACUCAGUGGCCCAGGCUAAUCCCUCCCAGCUUUGGCCUCUGGGAGGAGACACACUUGAUCUGCCUGCUGGAAAUGAAAUGAUCCAGGUACUGCAGGGUGCUCAGCUCAUAGCCGUGGCCUCUUCAGACCCUGCUGCUACAGGAGUAGACGGGUCACCUCUCCAGGGCAGUGACAUUCAGGUUCAGUAUGUCCAGCUGGCGCCUGUGAGUGACCACACAGCCGCAGCACAGACCGCUGAGGCCUUGCAGCCCACUCUGCAGCCCGACAUGCAGCUUGAACAUGGAGCCAUCCAGAUCCAGUGAGGCCAGGCAUUGCAGGAGCGCCGUGUCACAGCUGCUCGCUGACCCUGCCCCGAGCGUGCCCUGCUCUCUUGGUUCAGCAAGCAACUACAGGUUCUGCUGGGCAUCCGAGAGCCGCUCCUCCCAGGGAAAGGUCCUGGCCACCCCUGCUGGAAGGCGCCUCAGGGUUUGAGUCUCACUACUGGUCGUCUCCAAAGGAGAAGUAUAGUGCAGAGUGUUGAGUACAUUCAGAAAAACAAGAACUACGAUAUUUUGUUUAAACAGCUUUUUUAAUUUGCUAUGGUGUUUAUAACAAAAAAGAAAAUGGAAAAAAAAAAAAAA